AUGCGCAACACUUUUUUGCCCCUGCUGGCUUCGCUCUUGAAGCUAGCCUCGCUGGUUUCGACGGCUCCCACAUCGAUGGGCAGUCUCACCGCCGUCACAAUGAAUGUAGCUGGGCUUCCGGCUUUCAUCAAUGGGAACGGUGCAGCAGACAAGAAGGCCAACUCGAUUAUGAUUGGCAACAAGUUUGCUCAGUAUGACUAUGACCUGAUCAACGUUCAAGAAGAUUUCAACUAUCACGCCUACAUCUAUGACAACGAUGAUCAUCCCUACCGCACCCCUACGUCUGGAGGCGUUCCGUUUGGUUCGGGUCUAAAUACGCUCAGCACGAUUCCGUUCAAGGAUCUUUCGCGCGUCAAGUGGGAAAAGUGCAACUUGAACGAAGGUGACUGUCUCACCCCAAAAGGCUACACUGUUGUCACGGUCACGCUGCCCACCGGUGGUGAGCUGGACCUGUACAAUCUGCACAUGGACGCCGGAUCUGAUGAUGGCGACUCGUCCGCACGUACUUCCAACUUCGAGCAGGUGGCUCGAGCGAUUGCCAGUCGAUCUGAUGCUGCUGGACGUGCAGUUAUUGUAAUGGGCGAUACCAACAGCAGGUAUACUCGACCCAAAGACAAUCUCUUGUCAUUCUUGAGCAAGACCGGACUUGUUGAUACCUGGGUAGAACUUGUUCGAGGCGGUAAACCACCUGCCUCGACCGACGCAGCUUUGCUCUGCGCUGAUCCCAUCCCGACCUCCAACAACUGCGAAGUAGUCGACAAGGUCUUCUACAAGAAUGGCAGUAAAGUAACUCUCAAGCCCAGCACUUGGCAAUAUCUAGCGACAGAAUUCACUGAUGCUACUGGCAACCCUCUUGCCGACCAUACGCCCAUCUCAGUCCAAUUUACCUACACUACUUCCUGA